GCGUGGCUCAAGAUGAGACAUGCAUGAUAAUAGAGUAAGUACUCUAAUAUGGAAUCUUUAACUUCUGCAGGAAAAGAUUUUAAUUUGAGGGUAAGCUCAACUCUCAAUAGAGAUGCCAAGCAGUUUGGGAAGAGAAACAUGUUUGACGACAACUGUGACACCUGCUGGAACUCUGACCACGGUUCUCCACAGUUUGUGGCGUUAGAGUUUCCAAAGCCAGUUAGUGUACGUGAGUUGAGAAUUAGGUUUCAAGGGGGUUUUGCCGGGCGGGAUUGCCUCUUUCAGAUCGGAGGCGGGCGUAGUCAAGAAAUGUCGAAAGAAAUCUCAUUUCAUCCAAAAGAUUCAAAUAAUCUUCAAUGCUUUCCAAUGGAGACUGAGACCUAUCAUACAUCAUAUAAAAUACUCUUUCUAUCAAGCACUGAUCUCUAUGGACGCAUCACAAUAUACCAAAUGGAAAUGAUUGGAAUGAUUUCAAAAUAAAAAUAAUAUUUUUAUUAAGCUGUU